AUGCUUUCGUUGUUUUCCUUUCAAUGUUCAUUGCUUCUUUCUCUGGUUCGUUCUUCCCCCUCUCUCUGUGAUCUUUUUUUUUCUUUUUUUUCUACCUUCCCACGUAUUUAUUCUUGCUUAUUCAUUUACUUUUUCUAUUUUUUCCUGAUUUGGGAAUUUGUCAACGUCUUUCAAUACCCUCGCAGCACUCUCUCACAAUUUGGAACAUGCCAAAGAGACAUUGACCACCGCAUAAUUCGCUCAUUGAGCCGAGUCUUCAACAACCAAGAACUCUUCUUCCGAACAAAACUUAUGGUGUUUUGCGCUCUAGCUCGUCAACGGCAAACGACAUCGUGGAGUCCCACAGCGCAGAUUCGAAUACUGACUGAAGCCGAAAUCAGUGCCAACAUUUGGGAAACAGAACCUACCGACCGUCUAUCCUGGCGAAAGGCAAUUCAUUUCGGUUGUCCCACUUUUGUGGAGAGGAGAAAAAUUGAAGCAGAAGUAAAAAGAAGGAAACACAGGGCCCGGCACGUACAGUCAAGACCAUCACCCGCCCUUCCAUGCAGCCAAUACCCCGUGUUUUAUAUCUAUCUAUCUAUCUAUCUAUCUAUCUAUCUAUCUAUCUAUCUAUCUAUCUAUCUAUCUCUCUCUCUCUCUCUCUCUCUCUCUCUAUAUAUAUAUAUAUAUAUAUAUAUAUAUAUAUAUACAUUUAUACAGAUAUAUAUACAGAAAUCCUUAACUGAAGUGAAAAACUACCAAAACAAAUUUAAAAAAGUAUUCCCUUUACGGAAAUAUCUAUCUAUCUAUCUAUCUAUCUAUCUAUCUAUCUAUCUAUCUAUCUAUCUAUCUAUCUAUCUAUCUAUCUAUCUGCUUUCGAAACCUCUUCCUUAA